CAAACGCAAAAUUCUCAGCUCCCCAAAUUUCUUAUUGAAAUCUUAUCAAAUUUUUUUUCUAUCUACGGUGAUGCUGCUGUAUAUGCUGCCGUGGGGUCGGAGGCGGGUUUUUGAGCGUUGGCCGACCCCGCCGGGCCCCACCUGGAUCCGCCGCUGGUGUCGGUUGCUUAAGAUGUUGGGAUGUAGAUGUUUGUCAUGGAACAGUGUCACCGAUUUCGCUCCACCCGAACCCGAAUUCUUCUCUUUGCCCGAACCCCUUCCACAAUGGCCUCAAGGUUCGGGAUUCGCUACCUCAAGGAUUGAUUUAGGAGGAUUAGAGGUUUGCCAAAUAACUAACUUUGAGUUUAUUUGGUGUUCCAACCCUUCCACGGAUGGGAAACAAAGCAUCAGCUUUUAUAAACCAAUUUUAAUCCCUGAUGGAUUCUAUUGUCUUGGUCACUAUUGUCAAUCAGAUAAAAAGCCUUUACGAGGCUUUGUUCUUGUUGCUAGGGAAGCAGCUGGUCGACAUGAUCGUUCGACCCACCGUUCUGACCACAUGCCAGCCCUUCUGGAUCCUGUGGAUUAUUCAUUAGUAUGGAGUUCAUACGAUGGAGGAGAUGAGAACUUUGAUGGAUGCGGUUACUUCUGGUUACCACAACCGCCGGAGGGUUAUAAAGCGUUGGGCUUCGUGGUGACCAACAAGUCGAAGAAACCAGAGACGAAUGAGGUGAAAUGUGUUCGUGCUGACCUAACUGAUACAUGUGAGGCUCGUCCCCUAAUAGCAUGCAUGUAUUCCAAGUUUUUGAAAGUCCCCCUUACUGUUUGGAAUGCAAGGCCUCUAAAUCGUGGAAUUUAUGGACGAGGUGUAUCAACGGGUACUUUCUAUUGCAGUGCAUUGUGUAGUAACUGUAGUUUAGGGGAAGAGCUUGACAUUGCAUGCUUGAAGAACUUGGAUCCUAAUUUACAUGCAAUGCCCAACAUGGAUCAAAUUCAUGCAAUCAUCGAGCAUUAUGGACCUACUGUUUUCUUUCAUCCUAAUGAGGUCUAUCUACCAUCUUCAGUCUCAUGGUUCUUCCAAAGUGGAGCACUCUUGUAUAGUACGGGUGAGUCAAUACAGGCCAUUGACGCUGAAGGUUCCGUUCUCCCCAGUGGAGGGUCAAACGAUGGACAUUAUUGGAUAGAUUUGCCCCGUGAUGGAGGGAAGGAGAAACUUAAGCAUGGAAACAUAGAAAGUGCCGUUCUUUAUCUACAUGUUAAACCAGCAUUUGGAGGGACUUUCACAGAUAUUGUAAUGUGGGUUUUUUGCCCUUUCAACGGGCCGGGCACAUUGAAGAUUGGGAUGAUGAGUAUCGGCCUCAGCAAGGUUGGUCGUCAUGUAGGUGACUGGGAGCACUUCACUCUUCGGAUAAGCAAUUUCACUGGGGAGCUAUGGAGCAUAUACUUUUCCCAGCAUAGUGGAGGUGAAUGGGUAGAUGCUUAUGAUUUGGAGUUUAUCAAGGGGAACAAAGCCAUCAUUUAUUCAUCAAGAAAUGGUCAUGCUAGCUAUCCUCACCCAGGAACCUACAUCCAGGGCAAUUCAAAACUCGGGAUUGGAGUGAGGAAUGAUGCUGCUAGCAGUGAUUAUUUUAUUGAUUCAAGCAGGCAAUAUGAAAUCGUUGCAGCUGAUUAUCUUGGCGAUGUAGUCAAAGAACCUUGUUGGUUACAAUAUAUGAGGAAAUGGGGGCCAAGAAUUGUCUAUGAUUCCAGAACAGAGUUGGAUAAGAUCGUCAAACGCUUACCCCCCUUGUUCAGGAAUUCUAUGAACAACAUUCUCAGCAAGUUGCCAUUGGAGCUGUAUGGCGAAGACGGUCCCACUGGUCCAAAGGAGAAGAACAACUGGUUUGGAGAUGAAAGAUGGUAGCCUCCCUUAAACCAAGUCUCUCAACAUGUUGUCUCUACACCUAUUGGAGAUUAUGUUGUAUAUAACCCCGAGCAAAGACCGAUUAGGCUAUUGAUGAUGGCGACUCCUUCAUUGGCUGAUAUGCUAAUAGAAUACGACUUGACACCGAAACUCUCACACAAGAUAUGUAAAUACAUGUUCAUAGCAUUAUAGUUGGAGAAGAGUAUGCUCUAGUGUCAAGUUCCUCUUAUCAUCGUGAUAUUGGGUUAAACAAUGUCGUCGUCAUCAUCAUAGUUGAAGAAGACUUGGUAUGUUGUAAUAGUAAAUUCUUCAGCUGCGUACAUAUAUAUAGAAAGAUCUCUGAAGAUCAGAUUCAGUCUCUGGCUGAUAUUGUUGUUGUCAUGUUGUGUUGAGGUACAUGAACUUUACUUUAUAGUUGUAUUAUUUAAUUUAUCAGUAAAAGGUGUUGUACUGGUUCUCGUGUCA